AUGCAUUCAAAAAAGAACAAGAAAAAAAAAGUUAGGGAAAUUUUCUACCUUUGGCGCAUAUCGUCGAACACACUGUGCGCGUCGGCCGCCGGCUCAACAAGUGAGCUCGCCGGCGCUUCGGUAGCCGCCUCGCCCCUCACACGCCCUGCAAGCUUCUUUCUCUACGCCUUCAAGGUGCCGGAGCCGCCCGCCGUCUUGUUCUUCUUCGCGGAUGUCUUGCCCUUCUUCGGUCGCACCGCAUUUGGGAGGUUCGAGGGCUUCAUCACGGCGGGCGCCGGCGCCGGCGCGACAAUGCCAGCCGCCGAGGUCAUCCGCGGCGGGUUUGCGGCGGCGGCGGCGGUGGAGGGUUCGUGGUUGUACGAUGGGGUGAGGGGGGAGCCGGCGCGCGUCCAUCGGGUCAGUUCACCGGUGCCGGCGCGUGCGGGGCGAAGGUGCCGCGGUGGGAGAGAGUGCGGCGCGAGCGCUCGUGACCUCGCGCGGCAUUACUUCCGCCAGCUCGUCUCCGCCGUCCGGUACUGCCACUCUCGCGGCGUCUACCACCGCGACAUCAAGCCGGAGAAUUUGCUGCUCGACGGCGAGGGUGAGCUUAAGGUCGCCGACUUCGGGCUCGGCGCCAUCGCGGACGGGAGCCUCCACCACACCCUCUGCGGCACCCCUGCCUACGUCGCGCCAGAGAUCCUCUCGAAGCAGGGGCACGACCCGGCCAAGGACGACAUCUGGUCCUGCGGCGUGGUGCUCUUCGUGCUCGCCGCCGGCUACCUCCCAUUCAACGACGCCAGCCUCAUCAACAUGUACCGCAAGAUCUACGCCGGCAGGUUCUGCUGCCCGAACUGGUUCUCGCCGGCGCUGCGCCACCUGCUGCGCCGCAUCCUCGACCCCAACCCGGCCACGCGCAUUGACAUGGACGGCAUCAUGGAGCACCCGUGGUUCUGCCAUGGCGCGGGCGGCAACGGCGAGCUGGAGAAGCUGAUGCACGGCCACGAGGAGGAGGCGUGGUUCAAGACGGAGUUCAAAACUAAUUGA